AUGGCCAGAAUAACCGCCGCCCAGUCAAUCAGCAGGCGUCUAACCCAGAGCCGUCAUGCCAGUCGUCGAUAUCUCUCCUCCUCGCGGCCGUCCAAUGUUUGUCGCAUCGUAGAGGUAGGGCCUCGUGAUGGACUGCAAAACAUUAAGACGUUCGUCCCCACGGCCACCAAGAUCGAGCUCAUUAAGCGACUUGCCCAGACUGGGCUCCGCGACAUCGAGGCCACGUCCUUCGUCUCCCCCAGAUGGGUUCCUCAGCUUGCGGAUGGAGCCCAGGUGCUGGAAGCCCUUGGCCCGCAAACUCGUGGCAUUCGACACCCUGUGCUGGCGCCUAAUCUCAAGGGGCUGGAGAGGGCAUCCGCGGCUGGCGCCAACGAGAUCGUUGUUUUUGCCUCGGGAACGGAAGCUUUCAGCAGGGCGAAUCAGGGGUGCACUGUCGCUGAGGCCCUCGACCAGGCCGAGGAGGUGACAAAGAAAGCUCUGGGUAUGGGUAUCAAAGUACGAGCCGUUACCUCGUGUAUCUUCGAGGAUCCCUUUAGCGGCCCCACGCCUCCGGACGUCGUACUUCCGAUUGUUCAGCGAUUUCUUGACAUGGGCUGCUACGAGGUUGGUCUGGGCGACACUCUAGGUACAGGGACUCCUCGAGAUACCCAGCUGUUGCUCGAGACGUUGCUCCGGCGCGUGCCUGCUGACCGGAUGGCGGGUCAUUUCCAUGACACGUACGGUCAGGGCAUAGCCAACGUUGUCCGCGCCUACGAGAUGGGCAUUCGCACGUUUGACUCUAGCGUUGCAGGGCUCGGUGGAUGCCCAUAUGCACCGGGGGCGAAAGGAAACGUGACCACCGAGGAUGUGGUGUACACACUGGAGAAGAUGGGCGUCAAUACCGGUGUCGACCUCGACAAACUCAUCGCCGUCGGCCAGUGGAUCUCGAAGCAGCUGGGUCAGCCAUACGGCAGCAGGGUCGGUUCAGCUAUCGCCGCAAAGCGAGCUUCAGUCCAGGCGACGGACGCCUCCAAGACCAGGAUUUCGUGGGAGGUGACGGACGACACGGGCGAGUACCGCGUCUCCUGUGCUGGCACAGCCCUCAAGGUCACGCUAUCCAGGCCCGCAAAUGGAAACGCGUUGACAAAUGGCAUGCUGGAGGGCCUGACAAAUCUCUUCCGAGGUCUCGCUAACGAAUCAUCUGUUUACCAUAUUAUCAUCGAAUCCGAGGGCAAGCAUUUUUGUACUGGCAUGGACCUGAGCGGCGAUACGAAUACAUCUGAUAUGUCUGCCGAGUCUAGCUAUUACGAUAAGGUGCUCGCCCUCUACGACGCCAUCGACCAUGCCCCACAGACGACCAUCGCCUUGAUCAACGGUCCUUGCUUCGGCGGCGGCGUAGGCCUUGGCUUUGCAUGCGACGUCCGUUUUGCCUCUCCCAAGGCCCGCUGGACCCUGAGCGAGAUCAAGAUUGGCGUCAGCCCGGCCAUCAUCUCAAAGUACCUGGUCCGAGAGUGGGGAGUCUCUGUGGCACGAGAGGCCAUGAUCUCCGGCCGAGAGAUGAAGCCCGAAGAACUCCUCAAGAUAGGUGCCCUUCAUUUGGUUACGGACGAUUUGGAAGCGAAGCUGAGCGAGUAUCUUCAUCAGCUCGAGAGAUGUGCACCACGAUCCGCCACCAUCAAUAAGGAGCUUACAAGGUUGGGCUGGUAUGCCCCUGAGAGCGUCGAGCAGGCAAAGUUGAUCGAAACAACAUUUGGUAAUAUGAUGGCACCUGGAUCCGAGGGAGAACAUGGAAUAAAGAAGUUCCAGGAAAAAGCCAAAGAGUUCAGCUGGAAGUCUUUCUGGGACGGCCAAAGCCCUCGGUCAGGGCUUAACUUUGUAGAUCACUCCCCUAGGAAGGGGUGGGCAUAG